AUGCCUGAGGUCCCGGCUGCCGGCGUCUGGCCGCUCCUGCUCCUGCUGGCUGUCCAGGCCAGUGCGGCCACCCAGCCUUGGCGCUGCUUGCCCUGCUCCCCCGACAAGCUCGCGCUCUGCCCGCCGGUGCCCGCCUCGUGCCGGGAGAUCACCCGCUCGGCUGGCUGCGGCUGCUGCCCGGUGUGCGCCCUGCAGCUGGGGGCCUCGUGCGGCGUGGCCACCGCGCGCUGCGCCCGAGGACUCAGCUGCCGCGCGCUGCCCGGGGAAACGCGUCCCCUGCAGGCUCUCACCCGCGGCCGGGGCGCCUGCACGCGAGAGGACUCCUCACCCAGCGCAGAGGCGAGCACAGAGAUGACCGAGGAGCAGUUCCUGGAGAAUUUCCACCUGAUGACCCCUUCCAGUGAGGACCAGCCCAACUUUGGGAAUGUCAUCAAGGCCUAUUGGAGCAUGAAGUCUCGUGGGACCAGUGACUUCAAACAGUGGAAGGAACCCUGCCGGAAGGAUCUCUACCAAGUGCUAGAGAAAUUAUCCAAGGAGCAAGAGGAGGAAGGAAAAGAAAUUCAAACAUUUUAUCUGCCAAACUGCAACAAGAAUGGAUUUUAUAACAGCAAACAGUGUGAGACGUCCAUGAGCGGAGAGGUAGGGCGUUGCUGGUGUGUCUACCCUUGGAAUGGGGAGAAGAUCCCAGGGUCUCCGGAGGCCAGAGGGAAUAUCAACUGCGAUCAAUACUCCAAGUGACAAAGCUGAAAACGGAUACAACCAUGUUGCUUCACAUGAAAUAUUUAAGUAUAUAGCAUAUUUAUACUCUAGAACACAUACACAUUUUAUAUAUAUGUAUAUGUAUAUAUAGAGAGAACACUUUUUAUACUCUGCAUAUUACUUGAUAUAAAAAAAUGUUAGUUUAUUUAUUCACUGUAAGUUUAUUUUUUUUUUCUGCACAGCAACUUGUUCUGUGUUCAUUUGUAUAUCAUGAAACACUUCUCAUGAUGCUGUGAUCAAUACUUGUAUUUCAACUCUUCCAAAGUUUGUGCUUCUGUUUUGAAAGAGCAUGGAGAAACACUGCCUAGAAAAUGCAAAAUCAGACAGGAAGCAGUGAUUUUUCAGGUGGCUCGAAGGACAGUUUAAAUCAUAUAUUCCACAGAUCCAGGUCUGAUGUAACUUUUCAGGGAAAGUUAAAAUGUUGCAUUUGUAAAGUUACAUGUGGUGAUGUUGCUACCUGUUGAAAUGUUA